CAAUGACGUCAGCAGCACUCGGCAGUCGCUGGGCAGUAUCAGCAAAACCGAUAGAAGCGAGUUGCUAUGGUUGUCAUCAAGGAAUACCGAGUGGUCUUGCCCUGUAGCAUUGAGGAGUAUCAGGUCGGUCAGCUCUUUUCUGUGGCAGAAGCAAGUAAAAAUGAAACCGGUGGUGGUGAAGGUAUAGAAGUUCUCAAGAAUGAGCCCUAUGAGAAAGAUGGCGAGAAAGGACAAUAUACACACAAAAUUUACCACCUAAACAGUAAAGUCCCAGGUUUUGUCAGACUCAUAGCUCCUGAAGGCUCCUUGGUUUUCCAUGAAAAAGCUUGGAAUGCCUACCCCUACUGCAGAACCAUUGUGACGAAUGAAUAUAUGAAAGACAGUUUCUUCAUUAAGAUUGAGACGUGGCACAAACCGGACAUGGGAACACAAGAAAAUGUGCAUAAAGUCGAUAGCUCAAUAUGGAAGAAUGUUGCUGUUGUACCCAUUGACAUUGCAGACAGAAGUCAAGUAUCUGCUGCUGACUACAAGCCUGAUGAAGAUCCAGCCAACUUCAAGUCUGUUAAAACUGGCAGAGGACCUCUAGAGCCAACCUGGAAGCAAGACUUGGCGAGUACAACUGACUGCCCAAAGAUGUGUGCCUACAAACUAGUCACAGUCAAGUUUAAGUGGUGGGGGCUUCAAACCAAAGUGGAGAACUUCAUCCAUGAGCAAGAGAAACGGAUCUUCACGAACUUCCAUCGCCAGCUCUUCUGUUGGAUUGAUAAGUGGGUGGACCUGAACAUGGACGACAUCCGGCGAAUGGAGGCCGAGACUCAAAAGGAGCUCGAAGAGAUGCAUAACAAGGGUUCAGCAGGUACAAAGGGUUCAGAGGAGUAGCAGGCCAGGUUUAGGUCUGUGCGUUGCUGUAUGAAACCCCCAGACAACAUUAUCAUAACCUUGUUUUAGUCUAGAGUCUUCUGCUAUUUAGAAUAGUCUCAACAUUACCCCGAUGGAGUCUUGGGCUCCUUUUGACGUUUCUCAAUUUUUUAUGCCUUUUUAUUUUUUUAUUUAUUUUUUUUUUCAAAACCAGCUGACGUGUUGCGUCAGAAGCUACAGCUGUGAGCAUCCAAACAAAGAGAGUACAGCUCAGACGUGAACAUAGGUUUUUAACAUAAUCUGCAACAGGUUGUAGCUCACCGUCUUUUCAACCUUUGCUGCUGGUUUGCUCCCAAAUAUCACUUUGGGAGCUUUUGGCCUUACAAGGAGAACAAGUGAGGAAUCUGGACUAGACUGGCCAAAGUGGGCCAGUUUCAAACAUUCCUGGCCUACUACCAACAUGCUGCAUUUUGUGCUUUGCCUCCGCACUCCCACCCCGGCCCCCCCACUCCUUCAGAACAUGUCGGCCAGUUCGCCAUGUGUUUCCCAUUUUCCACUGGAGCAAGUAAACAGGCGGGUGCCAUCAAAGAGGGCUGUGGUGAGGAGGGCCAGUCCCGUCCUGAGCCUCUGAGCUCCAGGGUUAGCAGGGUCGCACUUGAACUGCGCUGGAUGAUGUGCGACGGCGAAGCCAGGCGCUGCACUUUAACAAUAUCGCCAUGACAGAGGCUGCAUCUGAGAGACAAUGCAGAAGAGAUGCUCUUGGUGCGGCGCAGUCGGCGCAGAAUGGGGCGGCUUGAGAGCGGGGGACGAGGUGCGAUGCUUCGAGGUGGCUCCCUUUUUUCCUCAUUAACAUACAAAUAGAAUUCUGCUGUUGAGAAGGAGUCCGGCCUGUGAUUGAGAGACUCGGAGGAAGCGAGGGGAAAAAAGAUGGCGAAAUGGGAGGGUAAAUCCUCCUGCUAUUUCAUCAGAUCUGUCUUUUCCCCUGUUUAGAGCCAAUGUUAGUUUGAACCAUUUCAUUUGAGCUUUUGGGCUAUCAGAUUCCAACACUAAUUGACUUUCCAAAGCCAUCAGCCUGGAGGUGGGAGCAUUUGAAAGGGAUGCUUUUAUCUACCUUGAAGACAAACAGGAGGAUUGAUAAGUAUUGUUGGAGCGCAGUGUUAAAGAAGGCCAAGUUUCAGCUCACAGAAAGCAAUUUGUUGCAUUUUAUUGGUUUUUGUAGAACGUAUUAAAACCUGUAGAUGUAUGUAAUGAAUUAAAAACAAGUCUACCUUGAAACUUUCAUCAGUAGGCUGGGGCGUAGGUAGAGAUUAUACCAAUUAAUUCUUCAAUGCAUAUUGUGUCUGACCUUUUAUUUGAUACUUAUUAUUAAAACAACCAAGUGC